AGACAUAUUUUACCUUGUACGAUUUUAUUUGGCACAAUUUUGCAAUUUGCAAUGCAAGGUAGGUUAAAAAAAUUUCCUUAAUUAAUAUUUGUUUACCUUCCAUAAAUGAAUGUUAAACCUGGUCAACUUUUUUUAUUUUAUCAUCUGUGAUUUUUUGGCGGUUAAGUGUAUUUUACGUACCUAUUAACUAAAUCAUUAGGUUAAAAAUAAAUCAUGGAUUAUUUAAGAUCUUGUUUUAAGAGGGGUGUUGGUCCGACAUUGGUGACAGCUCGCCGCUACUGGCUUAGUCCUUCCGCGCGGUACGCCGCGAUAGUCGGUCACGUUUGGCGCGCAAACAGUGUUAUAAACGACUCAGCUGAUUCCCACAUUACGAUAUCGGAGCACGAAACGACAGACACAAGCAUAAACAGAACAGAGAAUUCGGACCAAUCAGAAGAUUCUGAAGAAUCAGACCAUUCAGAGCAGUCAGACCUUUCAGAGAUGAAUUUUUCAGAGAUGUCAGACUCUUCAGGGUUGUCAGACCUUGUAGAGAGUUCUGAUUCAAGUUCAGACGGUUCAGAGACAAGUGGUUCAGAGAUGAAUGAUGUUUUUAUGGGUCAUAGUACAAUGCAGUCUGAUAAUAUGGCGGCUUCAGUUUUGGAUUCUGACACGGAACUCGGAUGGGAUGUGACGAAUUCUUCUGUAGGCGUUCCAGAAGAUACUAGUCAGUCUUCAAUAGCUAGUCUGCUUGGUAGAAUUGAUGGUAUUAUUAAACGUAGAAAGAAAAUGACUGAAGAAGAACAGAUGGCAAUUUUAAGACAAGAGGCGUUCCGCGAGCGCUCCUGGUCGCUGGAAGAGUGCUCAAUCUGUUUCGACGUGAUGCUUCGCAAUCAGGAACUGACCUCGCUCCCCUGCACUCAUAAUUUUCACACCGAUUGCAUCAUGCCGUGGUUGCAAGAGAAACAGACUUGCCCCAACUGCCGAAAAGUGGCUUAGUGACUCGUAGAUUCGUCCAUUUGCGCUGUUCGGAGCUAUCUCUAGCAGCCAAAAUCAUCACUGACAAGGAAUCAGCAUGGAAAACAGCACUUGAAACAUGUUUUUAGUAGUAAUAAUAAUAAUAAAUAGGUUUUAUAUUAUAACCACUGCGAAUAAACAAAUUGAAUUGUGUUAAAAAUGUUGUGAUAGAUAUAAAAUUUAGUUGAACCAGCGCUAGGCGCUUAUUUUAGAAAGAUAGUCUCUUAUCACACUCUCUGUUAGGUUAGAACGAGUUAGUUUUAUGUAUAACGAGUUUAAAACAUUACCGCUCUCUGAUCGGUUGGUUCACUGGAGUUGGCUUGUCGGAGCAAUUAACGCAGUGACAAUUUCGAUCGUAUUUAACUUAAAACUGACGUAUUAGGUACUUUGAUAGGUAAAUAGAUUCAUUUAUUUAAUAAAUUAUUAUGUUUUCGGCUUACUCACGUAAAUGAA